UACUCUUGAUUCAGUCACGAUAUAUUUCGCUCUCACCUUUUUCUAAGAUAUUCGAAGUUUUACUUUAAAGAAUUCCUCAAGUAUUGUCACAGACAGACAUAACAAGAUUUACGAUGAGUCAAGUUCGCAUUAAGAAAAGACAAUGGCGACCAAAGCCGUCUGAUGAGCCACCAAAACCACGUGGAAAGAUUCGAUUGAUCAGACUGGAACCGGAUCCCAAAGUACAGAAAUGUUCAGAGAAGUCACAAACAAAAGCAGACGUAUCUCAGCAUGCUGGGUUCUUAAGGGAUCCCAAAGUACAGAAAUGUUCAGAGAAGUCACAAACAAAAGCAGACGUAUCGCAGCUUGCUGGGUUCCUAAGGAAACGGCACUCCUCCGAGACUACCAUGGCAACUAAUGGGACAAAAUCCACCCGUAAUAUGUCCAUUGCAACCAAACCCGAAUCACGUGCGUCUAACGUCACCAUGACAACCAGUGGUACAUAUGCCACACACAAACCCAGUGAUAUGGUCAACACCUCACUUCAGGAUCCCAAGGUACAGAAAUGUUCAGAGAAGUCACAAACAAAAGCAGACGUAUCUCAGCUUGCUGGGUUCUUAAGGGAUCCAAAAGUACAGAAAUGUUCAGAGAAGUCACAAACAAAAGCAGACGUAUCUCAGCUUGCUGGGUUCUUAAGGGAUCCCAAAGUACAGAAAUGUUCAGAGAAGUCACAAACAAAAGCAGACGUAUCUCAGCUUGCUGGGUUCUUAAGGAAACGGCACUCCCCUGAGACUACCAUGGCAACAAACGGGGAAAAAUCCACCUGUAAUAUGACCUUGGCCAUUAAACCCGAAUCACAUGCCUCUGACGUCACCAUUACAACAGGUGCUACAUGUGACAAACGGAUACUCAGUGAUAUGGUCCAUAUCUCGCCUCAGCAGUGUGACAGCUGACAAAAAAACACCUCCCCAGAUUGAACUCGACGAUGAUUUUGACUACAGUCUGGAUCUCAUGGGAGAUUACACCCUCACGGAAAGCGACUUCUCCAAGAAACCAACACCGUUUUGGUUCGAGAUAGAAUACAAUGCUACCAAUGACAGUCUACAAGAUAUACCUAUCAAACAGUCAACUCCGGACAAUCUCAAGACUGACCAUUGCGGCCCAACCUCGGAUACUACCAACUACCACCUGGUCAAACAAUUCUCUCCCGAGUCUGACCUUAUCAUGGACAUAGUGCGUGACAGUACUAGACACAGAGGCGUCAAGAGAAAGCUUUCUUUUGACGAGGAUAAUGUGGUUCCGGUGCCGUGUAAAAGGCCAAGGAGAUGUUAACCCUGAUCCAUAUAUAUGAACUUUAUUGUGAUAAUUCGGGAGAUACAGUAUUUGGACUUGGCCAUCUGGCGGUUAUUUAUUCAAAAUGACGGCGAGAGUGUGGGCGUGGUUUGUGUGAUUGUUAUUAUGUUGAUACAUGAUGCACGUUCUAAUUUCGAAUAUACCACGUAACUUUGUGUUAACAUAGAGUCUGAUAUGUCUGUCUGCAUGUUUGUUUUGCAUAAUUGUGAGCGAUAUAUUUCUGUCGGUUUGUAUGUCUGUCCAUUCGUCUGUCUGCAUAUUUGUUUUGCAUGUUUAAGAAAGAAGCUUGUGAAAGUCUCUUGGUGGUUAUUGACCCUCAGAGCGGUACCUGUAUCGUUUUGACUGUCAGAACGUUUGCCAUUUGAUUAAAGCUCUUUCUCUUAUGUUACGUCCGAUAUAUUCUAUCGGCUUGUAUGUCUGUCCAUUUGUCUGUCUGCAUGUUUGUUUUGCAUGUCAAAGGAGGAAGCUUGUGAAAGUCUCUUGGUGGUUAUUGACACUCAGAGCGGUACAUGUAUCGUUUUGACUGUCAGAACGUUUGCCAUUUGAUUAAAGCUCUUUCUCUUAUGUUACGUCCGAUCGGCGAUCUAUUCUAUCGGCUUGUAUGUCUGUCCAUUUGUCUGUCUGCAUGUUUGUGUUGCAUGUCUAAGAAAGAAGCUUGUGAAAGUCGCUUGGUGGUUGUUGACACUCAGAGCGGUACAUGUAUCGUUUUGACUGUCAGAACGUUUGCCAUUUGAUUAAAGCUCUUUCUCCUGUUAUAUCCGAUCUGUUUCUAUUUGCUUGUUUGUCUGUCCAUUUGUCUGUCUGCAUGUUUGUUUUGCAUGUUUAAGAAAGAAGCUAGUGAAAGUCUCUUGGUGGUUGUUGACACUCAGAGCGGUAUCUUUAUCGCUUUGACUGUCAGAACGUUUGCCAUUUGACUAAAGCUCUUUCUUAUCUGUUACUUCCGGGUUAUUUCUAUCGGUUUGUUUGUCCAUUCGUCUGUCUGCAUGUUGCAUGAUAUGAUGCUAUGUUAUGACGCAUGGCACGUGUUAUGUGUUGUUCUGUUUUUGUUGGUGAUGUCUGUCAAUUUCCCGUCUUUGUCCGUCCCGAAUCCUUGUCUCUAUUCUCUAUACAAUGGCACAGCUUUCAGUGUUGGGUAUCAACAUGACACAAUCAAGUCUGUCUCGAGCGCGUGUAAGUAUCGAUUUGGUGUGAAAGUGUCUAUUUGGUGUGAGAGUCGUUUUGGAGUAUACUUUUAUUAUUAUUUGUUAUUUCUGAUUUUCCCAUUGUCUGCUGUGCAGAUAUAUUAUGACAUAUGACUAUACAAUAA